AACCACCGUGCUACUUCGUUGGCACGUCUGAUUAGUACAUUUUACCCCCCUAAGAUGGUCCAAGUCAAGAACAAAGUCUGUCUUAUCGUUCACGACGGAUGGGGCGUCGCUCGGCAUCCCGGUCUCAAAGGCAACGCCAUCGAGGCAGGAGACUCGACGACAAUGGACGAGCUUGCGAAGAAGUAUAACUACCGUCUUCUUGAGGCGCAUGGUCUCGCUGUCGGGCUUAAUGACGGGCUGAUGGGCAACUCGGAGGUCGGUCAUUUGAACAUCGGUGCUGGGCGCAUCGUCUGGCAAGACAUUGUCCGAAUCGAUCAAGCCAUCAGGAAGCACGACUUCCACCGGGAUGACAACAUCGUGAAGAGCUUCCAGCAUGCAAAGAACACGAACGGUCGUCUUCACCUUCUUGGUUUGGUGUCUGAUGGCGGUGUUCACUCCCACAUUGAACAUCUCUUUGCCCUUCUCGAGACUGCGAAGGAACAACAGGUCCCUGAGGUGUACGUCCACUUCAUCGGCGAUGGUCGCGACACCGACCCGCAUUCCGGCCUUAAACACCUGCAGCAUCUUCUUGAUUUCACCAAGAAGGAGGGUGUUGGAAAGGUCGUCACUGUUGUUGGUCGUUACUACGCAAUGGACCGUGAUAAGCGCUGGGAGCGGGUCAAGAUCGCCGUUGACGCCCUAGUAAGGGGAGAGGGGGAGAAGACUGACGAUCUCCUCAAGACGUACCAGGAGAGAUACGAUAAGGAUGAAACAGACGAGUUCUUGAAACCGAUGAUCUGUGGUGGGUCGGAGACACGCAUCCAAGAUAACGACACGCUGUUCUUUUUCAAUUACCGCUCCGACCGCAUGCGUGAGCUCGUCACUAUGUUUGGUCUUCCAGAAAAGCCCAUCGAGAUCGACAUUCCCAAGAAUCUGAAUAUCACCACCAUGUCGCGCUACAACCCCGAAUGGACCUUCCCUGUCGCUUUCCCACCCCAGGGUAUGAGCGACGUGCUUGCCGAGUGGCUGUCUAAGAAGGGUGUCAAACAGUGCCAUAUUGCUGAAACCGAGAAAUACGCCCACGUCACGUUCUUCUUCAACGGUGGUGUCGAGAAACAGUUCCCCGGCGAAGACCGCUUCAUGAUCCCUUCUCCUAAGGUGCCCACCUACGACCAGCAGCCUGAGAUGUCCGUGCAGGAAGUUGCCGACAAGGUUACUGAAGAAGUCAAGUCGAAGAAGUACGAGUUCGUUAUGUGCAACUUCGCACCUCCCGACAUGGUCGGCCACACAGGGAAGUACGAGGCCGCCGUCAAAGCCAUCACCGCGACGGACAAAGCUGUGAAGACGAUAUACGAGGCGUGCGAAGAAGCCGGCUACAUUCUGGUGGUGACGGCCGAUCAUGGCAAUGCGGAGCAGAUGAUCAACCCGGAGACGGGCGAGCCCCAUACCGCACACACGACAAAUCCGGUGCCACUUAUCAUUACUGGAUCAACCGGUGCGCUCCGCGUCGAGCAGGAGAAAGCAGGCGAGGAGGGUGCGUUGUGUGAUGUCGCACCGACUGUUCUGGAUCUUCUGGGAUUGGAUAUCCCUCCUGAGAUGACAGGCCACUCGCUGCUGAAGCACUAGAAGCACCAACACAGUUACAAUCACAAUCCUUCCGCCGUGUGUUUAUAGGGGAGGGUUGAAUGGGUAUUUGCGUAUGAGACGAAACUGUACGAACAAAAUUGCAGAAAUAGAAUGUCAAAAUGAAAUGUAACAAAGUAGAAAAUGGUAUUCCG